AUCAUGACUAGACGCAUUGUUCUAAGUCCCUGAUGAUUUCCCUUUAAAAGCUCCUUCAGCUGCUGAAGAAAUUAGAUGUACAUAAAAACUGAUAAGGACAAACUCAUAUGAUUAUUGAAUCCGUGACGGUUAUAAACACCAGUUAAUACAAAGGAAGUUAAAUUACAUCUUUUUCAAGAGGACGUGGCCAUGACAGCGUUUGGGUAUCGCAAAGAGCUUGAUAAAUAUGAGGAUAUAGAUGAAGAUGAACUCCUGGCUUCCUUGACCUCAGAGGAGAUCCAGGAGCUUGAACGGGAGCUGGCUGAUAUUGAACCUGAUGACAAUGUUCCCACUGGGCUGAGACAGAAGGAUCAGACUCAGAAAACGCCAACAGGGACUUUUAGCCGAGAGGCUUUGUUAAAAUACUGGGAAAAAGAGACUCAGAAACUCCUGGAAAGUGAAAGAACAGUCUCUGGGCAAAAACAGGAGGAAGCGCCAGAGAAGGUCACUGAUAGUGAAGAGGAAUGUGUGACAGAAAGCAACAGUGAAGCUUCAGAAGAAGAACCCAGUGCAGAUGAGGAUGAAGAAGAUGAAGAAAGUGAGCAGGAGGAAGAAAAUAAUAUCUCUGAAAAUGAAGAUAAAGCAGAGGAAACACCAAACAGGACUUUGCAAAAGGAAAUAGGCAGCAAAAAGGAAGACAAAAACCAUGAUCUUUGCAAUGGCCAGUCUGUAGCUGCUAAAAACUGCAUUCAAACACCAAAUGAAGAUCCCAACCUUAAAGUGGUAACUAACCGUCCAUGUGGAAAUCCAAUUGUAAUUGAUGAUGCCCUUGAAAAGAUUUCAAACAAUGAUAUCAACACAAAUGAGGUUAACCUGAAUAAUAUUGAAAAUAUAUCCAAGGAGACACUCAUCCACUUUACUGAGGCCUUGAAGAGCAAUACUGUUGUUCGGGUUUUCAGUCUUGCCAACACCCAUGCUGAUGACCAUGUUGCAUUUGCCAUUGCACAGAUGCUUAAAGAGAACAAUUGCAUUACCAAUCUAAAUAUUGAGUCCAAUUUCAUUACGGGGAAAGGAAUCCUUGCCAUAAUGAGGGCCCUCCAGCAAAACACUGCACUAACAGAGCUGCGGUUCCACAACCAAAGACAUAUUUGUGGGGGCCAGGUGGAAAUGGAAAUAGCCAAACUUUUGAAAGAGAACACUACACUUCUAAAGCUGGGAUACCAUUUUGAGCUUCCUGGACCAAGGAUGAGCAUGACAAGCAUUCUGACAAGAAAUCAGGAUAGGCACAGACAGAAACGCCUGCUAGAGCAGAAGCAACAGGGAAUGGAGAGAAAGGAAGGCUCUGAUGGACCAAGCAAUCCAAGGACCAAUGCUUUACAGAAAGGCACACCAUCAUCUUCGCCUUACACAUCACCAAAGAGCUCCCCAUGGUCUUCCCCCAAAGUGGCCCGAAGUUCCCAAAUAAAAAAAAAUGCCCCUCCACCUCCGGCUCCUCCCCAGCCCCCCCCUCCUCCUCCUCCUCCGCCUCCCCCUCCCCCUCCACCACCGAUGCCACAGAAAAAGGUGCCCACCAGAAAAAUUGCAGAAGUCAUUAAACUUCAUGAACAGUCCAGAAAAAAACAACAACUGCGCCAACAGAAGUCUAAAACUAAAAAAAGCAAAAAAUCGGUGAAGGAAAACAAUAUCCUCAAGGAAUUAAAAAAUGCUCUCAAGCCAGUUUCUGAAAAGACAGAAGAAGCCUCAAGACCAUCAACACCCCAGAGGUCACUUCAUGAUGAUCUGAUGGCAGCAAUUCGAAACAGCAACGUGAAACAGCUGAGAAGGGUGGAAGUUCCAGAAUGUCUCAGAUAACAAGAUGGCAAAUAAAUAGAACUGAACCACAUGCACAGAAUUUAUGACACAAAAGUUAAUACCUAUCUGGUUAGAAUUGUAUGCGAUAAAAAAAUCCUCUUUUUUACAAAGAUCAGAUAUUAGUAUUUUAUAAUGUCAUAUAAUAAGCUUCUUUUUUUGUUUUUGUGUAUCUGAUAGAUUUCAAAGAAAUGUGAAGCUAUUUCUGCAAAAUGUGAGGAUAAGUUUCUGUCAGUUAUUGAAUAAAAUAGAGCUUGCAGAAUAAA